CACAACACCUGCACUCAAUCUCAAGCACUCGAAAUCCUUACAUACAAUUUGCGGAUCGGAUCUGGUUGCCCUAGAUCAUCCAUCGACCAGCAAACCAGCCAGCUAUGCCCCUUUACGCCUUCGGCUCCAACGGCUCCGGCCAACUGGGCAUCGGACAUGACGAGGACGUCUCCGUCCCGACAAGAUGUCUCUUUGAAGACUCGGAGCCUUGCUUGACCCUGGGCACAAACACAGACACAAACACAGACACAGAGAGCACACACAUCUCAUCCCCCUCCUCCUCCUCCUCCUCCCCCUCCCCCUCCUCUUCACCACCAUCAGCAUCAAGCAUCACCCGCAUCGCCGCCGGCGGAAACCACACCCUCAUCCUCUUCGCCUCCGGCGCCGUCUACUCCAGCGGCCUAAACCCCGACGGCCGAUGCGGACACCCGCCCUCCCCGUCCCCCAUCCAGCGGUUCCGGCGAGUCAUCGUGCGAGAUCCGGGCAGUGGCGCCGUGAUCUCGAAGUUCGCGGACGUAUCCGCGACAUGGGAGGGGUCGACUCUGGUUGCUGAGGGUGGGGAGAGGGUGUUUUCCGUGGGUUCGGGGAUGAAAGGGGAAUUGGGGCUGGGAGGGGGCUGUGUGCGGGCGGGGGAGGCUGCCCUUGUCUCUGCAUCUGGAGCUGGGUUUCCGCCGCCGGGGAAGAAAGUGCUCUCCGUUACGGGCGGGGUGGGACAUACGGUUGUGGUGCUGGAUAGUGGGGAGGUGUAUGGGUGGGGUGGGGGGAGGAAGGGCAGCUUGGAGAUGGGGAUGGGAGGAAGAUUGCCGUGUGGGAGGGAGUUUACGGUGGUUACGGGGGAUAAGAAGAAGGGGGAGGGGGUUCCGGACCCGAUGGGCCCGUUUGGUGGGUUGGGGGCCAGUUGGCAUGGGGUUUAUGUACAAAGGGAGCAUGGCGGGGUCGUGGCUUGGGGGAGGAAUGAUCGUGGACAGCUCCCGCCCCCUGGUAUGGGGGUGGUGAGGGGGUUGGCGGUGGGGAGUGAGCAUGUUCUUGUGCUGAUUGAUGGACGCACGGUGAUGGCUUUUGGUUGGGGCGAGCAUGGCAAUUGUGGACCGGUCACGGAUGAGAGGGGGAAUGUGGAUGGUGCGGUGGUCGUGGGUGUUGGCGCGGGUUGUGCCACGAGUUGGAUUGUCACUCGGUGA